UGUCUGACAUUUUUUUUUUUUUUUAUAUCGCUAAAUAUAUUUUAAUUUUUUAACUUAGUCAAUUCAAAUUUAAGGUUGUAAAUAAAUAAAAAAAUUCCUUAAUGAAGUUUGAAAUCGCCCUGUGAUAAUGGGCCCAUUUAUCUGAAAUAUGUAAUAAACAAUUAUAUAAUAUUUUGUCCUUUAGUCUGCACUAAAAUGUCCAUUGUUUUAUAAUAAUUAUAUUGAUUACAUUUAUCAAUAUAAAAUAAAUACAUCUUUCAUGUAUAAUUUUAUUUAAGAUGCUAAUUGUAGUUUCUAACUUCACAUUUAGUGUUUUAUAUAAUUUAUUUUUUGCUCAUUCAUUAUUAGUUUGAUUCAUGAAUUCUAUUCAAUUCCUAUAUUAUAUUGUAAUUUGAAUUCAUUCAUAAUUCACUACUUACUCAUUAUCGAGUUUACCAUCAUUAAUAAAAACAAAUGUAAAAUUAUAAUUCUAUACAUUAAAUAGGAUCAAUAGAACUUCACAUUACUAAACUAGUGUAUACUUCAUAAUAAUACCUACUUCUUUUGUAAAGUAAAUUUCACAUCUCUUGUGUAUUUUAUACCAACAUCUAACAUUAUUAUUAUUUGUUUAAUAUUGACUACAUGAAAAUUUAUUAUUAUUUGUUUAUUAUUUUACAAAAUUAUAUUUUUUACUUAAUUAUUUGAAAUAUCUAAAGGAGCACGCAACACAAAACAAUGUCCUUUUAAAAUUAUUAUUAUGUAUUAAACUAUUGUAGUCUGAACUAUUAGAAACAAAAAAAGUGAAAAUCAAUUGUAAAACAAAUAUUAUUUUACCGAAAAAUUAAAAUAUUUAUAAGAAAUUAAACACUUAAUUCAAACUCUGAUUUGAUUAUAAGAAGCGAUUAACUUUUACAUGUGUAAAAUAGAUCAUUAAGCAUGACCAAAUGACAUCACUGGAUUUUUAAUUAUUCAUAGUCAUAACCACAACGACAACUCAUUGAUUAAUGUGAAUCCUACACCAUUUUUCUUAGUAUUGAAUAAUUUUCAAACUAAAAUAACUUAUUUUUUGUGUUAAGUGCUUCUUUAGAAUGUAGUUUAAAAAAUAUGACCUGAUGUAUUUUUAUAUGAUAAUGUAAGUAUUUAUAGUGCAUACGUGUGUAUUAUAGUGAUGUUAAUAAUGCUAAUUAAGUGUGAUACAUUUUUAUUACUUUUUUUUUACUGUUUAGAUUACCAAAGAUAAUAUAUAAACAAUUAAAAAUAUAUUUUUAACACUACCCUUUAUUUGUUGAUUAUUCAUAAACAACAUUUUAUCUACAAUUCCAAAAAAAAUCAUCGCUUUCACGCUUUCUCACGCCCCUAUUGUUCCUAAACUCAAAUAUAAUUAAACACUUUUGCCAAUCAUUUAAGAUAGCAUUCAAUAUUUGAUCUAAUGUUAAGUUAUAAUGGUUGGACUGUAUAAAAUGUGCAUAAUAUUAUGUAUAUUAGUGUCCAGUGGUUUUCAAUCCGAUAUAGAUACACGCCAGGUUAAUAAAAUUACACUUUGAAUUAAAUAAUUAAAAUAUAUCAACGUGAGAUAAAAUGUUCCGAUUUGAUUAGAUGUAAAAAAAUGCAAAUGAAACGAAGUGCACGAAUGAAUGCUUGACAACAUAGGUACGUAAAAAUGUUAAGAAGACGAUAAAACUGCAUGUUUUCUGUAGGUACAUCGUACAUGAAGCCAAUUUUCUUUUUGCUGCAGCCGAAUCAAUUGGAGUGAAUUCAUCUAUUAUCGGACUUAGUAGUAGAAACAUCUGAGUUUGUUUCUUGGUGUAUACGAUUUUUAAAUGUCUAUGCAAAUGAUGAGCAUGAGUACUAAACCUCUUCUAAACUUCAUUAACAAUUGUCAAGUCCCGCGGCUGGCUCGAUCGGUCUAAUAUCAGUGCCGUCUGGGAGCUCGAGCGUUUCGAUACGUAUAGUUCCAUUACCCUCCGAUGAUCUCUGCGUGUAGUAACGGUGAAUGGUUAAAUUGGUUUACAUGGAUUACCCUCGAAAUCCCUCAAAAUUCGAGGAGUCAAACAGGGACCCAUGGUCCGGCAGUCGUCUUUGGGCCGUCAGUGCACUCAUUUUCGAGAAGUUUAUGCGCUGCCGACGAUUUCCCAGAUACGACCAAUUGUUAAAAGCCUUAUAGAAAAGCAUUUAAAACUCGAAGAUACAGACUCAACACUAGCAAUGGUGUUUAAAGAAACAGUGUGUAAUGAACUACGUCGGAGGUUUAAUAUUGAUUUUGAAGAAGAAAAUGGAAUUGCAGCAGACAUUUAUUCGGAAAAUAGGAAAGUAAACAUAGCACAAAUUGCAAGUUUACUAGAUCCAAGGUACAAGAAUUUACAAUUUGAAUCAUCAGAUCGUAUACGAGAAAUUAUUAAACAAAAAAUUCGUUCAAAGAUACAGUCAAUUAGAUAUAUAUCUGAAAAUGAAAACACCUCAAAUACUAAUAAAAGUACAGUAUUAGAUGAUUUAUUGGGGAUAGUUCCACUAGAUUCUGUGGAUGAAUUUUCGAGGUAAUUGGCUGAACCACAAAUCAAUCAUAACGAUGAUCCGUGCUUGUGGUGGAAAUCGCGUGAACUUACGUUUCCUUUUUUAUCUGUUCUCGCGAAAAAUAUUCUUUGUAUACCGGCUUCUUCGGCAUCUUCAGAACGUGUUUUUUCUACUGCUGGAUCAAUUCUAUCCCCAAAGAGAAA